UCGAGGAUCUAGUGCAUUGUUGCUACACUGUGGUGCCCGUUGCAGAGGCAGGCAGAGGAGUUUUACCAGUUUUUUAGGGGGAGUUACCAUAUAAUCUUUACCUUGCUGAGCUCAGUUGACCAGGAUCACUAGUCUACAGUAGUGUUGAGACAUGACAGUGCUGGCAUAUCUUUUGGAUUUAACUAACAUAAAAAGCGUUUUAAUUUUUCUAUCAAUUUUCCUUCUGCUGUUGGACUACUUUAAGAAUAAACCACCAAAGAACUUCCCUCCAGGACCACGGUCAUUGCCCCUCAUUGGGCACUUGCAUCUCUUGACUGACUUCAGCAAAGUCCAUCUACAGUUCGCAAAGUUUGCUGAAAAAUAUGGACAUAUAUUCAGCUUUCGACUUUUCGGCCCACCACUUGUGGUUCUCAACGGUCACAAAGUAGUGAGAGAACUGUAUGUCAAUCAAGGAGACCAUUUUGCUGACAGACCAACUGGUAUACCAUUAUUUGAAGACCUUGUUGGUGGCAAAGGCCUUGUUUCCUCAAAUGGAUAUAGCUGGAAACAGCAAAGGAGAUUUGCUCUGCAUACUCUGAAAAACUUUGGAUUGGGCAAAAGAAGCCUUGAGCCAUCAAUUCUUCUGGAAUGCCGAUAUCUCAACGAAGCAUUUAGCAAUGAGCAAGGUAAGGCCUUUAACCCACAGUGGCUCAUUAACAAUGCUGUGUCCAAUGUUAUCUGUGUGCUGGUGUUUGGGGACCGUUUCGAGUACACCGACAAUGACUUCCAGUCCCUCCUGAAGAACAUCAAUUUAGCCAUCAGUCUGGAGGCGGACAUUUGGACCCAGAUCUACAACAUGUUCCCAUGGAUAUGCCGCAGAAUUCCUGGUCCCCACAGGAAAAUGUUGUCCGUUUGGAAUGGCAUUAUCGAUUUCGUAAGGGGGAAAGUGAAAGACCAUCAUGCGGACUAUGAUCCCUCAAAUCCCAGAGACUAUAUUGACUGCUUCCUUGGAGAGAUGGAAAAGUGGAAGGAUGACAAAGCAGCGGGCUUCAAUGUGGAGAACUUGUGCUUUUGCACCCUGGACCUGUUUAUAGCCGGAACUGAGACCACGUCCACCACCCUGUUCUGGGCAUUUCUAUACAUGAUGAAGUAUCCAGAGAUACAGCGAAAGGUGCAGGAGGAGAUUGAUCGAGUGGUGGGAUCAUCAAGGCAGCCUUCUCUGGCCGACCGGGAGAACAUGCCUUACACAGAUGCUGUCAUCCAUGAGAUUCAGAGAGUUGGCAACAUCCUUCCAUUGAACGUGAUUAGAAGUACCACGAAGGACACUCAAGUUGGAGACUAUUUUAUUCCUAAGGGAACAAUGGUAAUGGGGAACCUAGAUUCUAUUCUGUUUGACAAGACGGAGUGGGAGACCCCUCACACCUUCAACCCAGGUCACUUCUUGGAUGCAGAGGGAAGGUUCAGGAAGAGGGAGGCCUUCCUGCCAUUCUCCUUGGGUAAAAGAGUGUGUCUCGGAGAGCAACUGGCUAGAAUGGAGCUGUUCCUGUUCUUCACCUCUCUACUGCAGCGAUUCUCCUUCUCACCACCAGAUGGCGUUGAACCCAGCUUGGAGUCCAAACUUGCAUUCACUAACUGCCCCCAACCCUACCAAAUGUGUGCCGCUCCUCGUUGAGAUGCAGAAGAACAUAGUGGCCUCUCUCUGUUUUAUAUGUUUUAGUAACUGUUUUAGUGGGUGUCAGUGGUGUAGUCUACUUUUUAUGGUGGGUAUACUGUAUAUUUGAGAUUUUUAGAACUGGGUAUACUGUAUAUAUUUGUGCUAUUCAAAACAAUGGAUCAAUCAAUGUUAAGUGGGUAUACUGAAAUCCCUGAAAUUUAGAAGUGGGUAUACUCCGUAUACCCGCGUUCUACGUAGACUACACCACUGGUGGGUGUUAUUAGACAAUGGGCAGAUAUUCAUUGUAACAUUCAUUCCAGUAAACAAGCAGUCCUUUUGAGUCUAUCUUUACAUUUUCUGGAAUAAACUCAUAUUAUGUAGCAAUGAUACAAUCAGGGACGUUCUUAGCCCUAUUUUAGGGUGGCUUUAGCCAUCCUUACAUUAGUAUUAGCCACCCUACAAUGAUUUUGCAAAAACAUUUUUCCAAAAACAAAUGCAGUAAAAACACUGAAUACAAAUCACCAAGAAGGCAAGUUAAUAUGAAUACAAGUUCCUGUUUGCUUAUUUAUUGUUUAUUGUGUGCUUUGUGACUCCUCGAUAAAAUUGUUAUUACUUACACGGAUGAAAUCUCCGACCCAAAGUAGAAGUUUUCACUCACAAUACCCAUGUAAUAAAUCCAUUUGACAACGUCUUGAAAUUA